AAACAGAGUGGGCGAAGAUGGCGUCGAGCAAGAAGAGUGGUGGGAAUAGCAGAUAUGAGAAAAGUGUGAAUGGAAGACGCUCGUCGAAACAUAAAGAGGGUCCAGUGGGUGAGUUUUCCUCUGAGUCACAGCCCCCCCCCUCCUUCGUCGCUUUCUCUUUAAUAACGUCUCUUUUUGACGCUCCGUCGCUGUCACCUCCCGUUAGCGUCCGUUAGCGGCUACGUUAGCUUGCCUCCGGUAGCCGAAAUGAACCGUCAGGAUUAAAGCCGCUGGUUCUGUCUCAGCUGCUCACAUCUCGUGAUCGUUGUGAUCGACCUACUGAGGAUAUCUGCGACUGAGAGCCCGCUCCGUCUCCUUCUCUGACCUGCCUUUAGGUUAAACAAUCACUGCCACUAUAAUGUGAUGUGUGCCGUUAGUCGGAGCAGCAACAGUAAUGUCAUCGCUGGAGACAUAAACGGCUCAGCGCCUGUAUAUAUAUAUUAACAUUUUCACCCUGUUUUCCCCUUGUUACAACCGCUGACACUGCCUGGACACACCUGAACAGGUACUCUAAACUAAGGGGGAGGAUGGGGCGUAACCAGAUUAACCUUCCGAGUCCGGUGUGCCCAGUGCUUAAAUCGAUUAUUGGUAGAUGAGAGCAGGCAGACACAUGAUGAGCAAUCGGCAGUUAAAGAAGGAGAGACUUAACAGGAUGCUGCUGCCUGGAGGCACUGUGGAGUUGCUGUUUAUGUGACUAAACAAACCCCCUCUGUUGCUUUGUUCUGCUCUUAAAUAAACUACUCCCUUAGAUUUACAGGGGGGCAUCAAAUUGCUGCACAAUGUCAGUUUUUACCACAGUAUCACAACAUUUCCUCUAGUGUUUUAUGAAUGGGGUGUUUAUAAUAGACUUGGGCCUGUGUAAUGAGAUUAGAAGAGUUUAAAUCUAAUCCCAAAUCUUGCAUGUGGCUGCGAACAUGCUCCGUUUUCACCAGGACUGAAGAUCAGAUUUGUAAUCUUCAGUUUAAUCCAAGUAGGUGCAUUAUAAACUAAAGGGAAACUUUGUGCGCCUCAUUUGUAGGGGGGUGUGGGGGCUCAUUGUUGCGAGUUUCCUGUUGUUCAGUUCGGCCUUGUGUGUGUGAAGGUGUGUUGUCUGGAAAAAGGGUCACAGCCUCAACACAACACUAAAGAGCCCCUGCUGCUGGCGCUUCCUCUCGCGCAAGUUUGCUAUUUUUAAAGCCUGCUUCCUAUAGACAUGGCAUUUUGUGGAGUGUCACAUAUCAAGGCAAAGUUCAGAAAGACUGACCAAAUAUGUAUCUUGUACAGAAAAAAAAACAUAUUAAAAUGUGUUGCCUGGCUUAAACAAAAGAGUGAUCUUUUCACAGACAUACAAGGAUAGUUUUCAUGUUAUUGGAAUUACUGUUGCCAGGACUUCAGAGUGACACGGAGUGGCUCAGGUUAGGAAACCUAAAAAGACUGAUGUCAAGAAGUAGCUAAAAUCCUCCCAACAAUGGACCGCACUGGAGCCUGUACACCUUUCACUAUAAAGGUGACCUGUCAGGCUGCAAGAUUAAGUUCCUAAUGUAAAAAGAAGCAAGUCUUUCCUGUCAAAAGCACAAAUAUUUGUGUGCGUGUGUUUGUGUACAUAAAUGACAGUUUCUGCUUUUAACUCUGCUUUUUGAGUGAUGUUUAACCAUGCAGCUUAACAUAGUUGGAGCUACUGAAAGAUUACAUGGUAGUGCAUCAGUGUCGGAUUAUUACUUGGCUCUGGACCAACCUGAUGCCCGGGAGACUGGAGAGGAUCUGGCUUGUUGAAUGAGGCGACACCGUGCAGCAGGGCCCUGAUCUACAUCCACAUACUGAUAGACAGUAAUAAGAUAAAGGCAGCAAGUUCUUUUAAAGAUUUGUGCAGAUUAGCGGUCAACCAAUUGUAGUCUUUCAAGAACUGGUGCUGAGGGAGCAGGUCAGUUUAUGGCCAAUACAACGAAAUCACCUUUUUUUGCAUUUAAUAGAAUACGAUGGUUUAAUAGUAAUAAUAGUUCUUACUUUGUUUAAAAGUACAAAGUAAAUGUGAUGAAAAGAAACAACAAUAAAAAUAAUACUAAUAAUAAUAUAAAUAAAUAUAUCUAUAUCUUAGCCAGUAACAUGUUUCAUAUUCAUUUUAAAUCAAUCAGAAAAAAAAUACAUUGGAUUAUAUUUUAUAUUUCAGAGCAUGGCUGAUAUUUCUGUCAGAGGCAAUACUAUGUAAAGGAAUUUGUGAUAAAUACUUGCCUGUGACUGUUUUCUAUUUGAUAUGCUUUCACUGGGUAUUAAGAAAAUUUAGAAAGGAUAAUUAUGAGAUCUUUGUGCUGAUGAUUUUAAUACCCCAUUAAUUGGCCCUAUGAAUCGGCCAUCUGAUCAAUUAAUUUAUCUCUAGUGCAGAUAUGUGUUUAUUUUGGAUGUGCUUAUUAAACUGACUAAAAAAUAAAACAUUAAAACCCUGGCAUCCUCAUUAAUCAGCAUCGAAAUUACAUGUCAGCUGAAGGAAUUAUCAGGGUUUUUAUUAUUGACGGUCCGUAUUGGUGGCCAUGUGUUCCGUCUUGGCUGUGACACAGCCGGCCACCACUAGCCAAGGCUGUAGCUCUGGUUAAUAAUGGCUACUGCCAAAAUGCGAUAACACUUUACUACCCAUAUGAAAACAAACACGGAUGAAAGAUGAUGGCAUCUUGGAGCUUGGCACAAUUUGCAAGUGUUUUGAUCUAGAGGCUGGAGAUAAAACUGUAUGUAGUCUGGUGAAACUGGCAAACAACCACCUGACCAGAAUGAUGUGUAACUGACAGAGACAUGAUGCUGACCUGCAGGGGGGACCAAAGGCUGGUGGAAAGCGUCACUCAGGAAGGUCACGUUUGAACCUUUCCCACACUGGACCUUUAUUGACAUCUUUUCUUUUGCAGCUACUAUGUUUAUUUUUGUUGUCAGCAUUGAACUCGCAUCUUGGUUUGACAUAGCUUGAGGUGUAGACACAAUAGAGAUGUCAUGCAACAUCCUGUGAAGUCAAUAAAACCAUCAAUAAUCAAAUCAAUUGCACUUUGUGUAUUUCCAGUUGUUAAACAUAAAAAUAUCUUUCUAAGAAAAGGGCUUCAAUCGAGACAUAAAACAACACCUCUCAUUUCUGUUCAAACUCAAACAACAGAAAUACUUUUCAUCUGAGUUUAAAGUCAAGUGUCUCUGUGUUCUUUUGCUUGUUUCUUUGUCUCUGUGUGUGAAAAGUCACAUCUCAUUCCCUUGAGUCAUGUGACUAUCAAAUGUGUGAAAUCAGCAAGAAAGACUUUGCAAAGGUCAUAUUUUCACUCCCUUUUUUCAUGGGCACACUUUGUCCGUGUUCUAUCAGAAGAAGUUUCACAACGCCUGGCAGAUACUCCAAAUAUCAAAUACAUGUUCAGGGGUUCUAUGCAAAUGUUGUUUAAAAAGCAUGAUUCCGACACAUUCACCGCAAAAAAAGUCACUUAAAUAGACACGACAGGUGCAGGCCUCGCAUCUUAAAAGGAUUAGUAUUGAUUGGAUCUUAAAAAAACUUUGAUUAGUUAGACAAAGUUUUUUUUUAAACAGUAAAAUGUGACAUUUUAACGUUUUCAAACUGACACUGUGUUUUUCAAACCUUUCCGCUCUUGUUGGCAGUACCAGAGGAUUUCAGUUCCUUAUUUCAGUCAUUUGGCCACACAGAUAAAUGUGUUUUGAAGACCUCAUUAUAGGAACAGAAAGCAUGUGCUGUAAUUUGUUUUUUUUUUUGUUUCAAAGCCUGUUUAUGGACGAUAUUUUUAUUAAUAUACCCUCUUACCUCCUGUGGUUUGUAUCCUUAUAUAAUAUGGAAAAAUGUAAUCAAAGGGAAACUCCACAUUGUUCCUGCCAAUGUCUGUCUGUACAAGAUCUGCCAAUUAGGUUGAAGGUCACAGGGAGUUGCAAGCUAAACAGCCAAUAGCAAAAUAGUCAGUGUCACAGAGAGAAAGUUAACUGGGCUGAAGUUGUCUGUAGCUUCCCAACUGUGUUUAAAGAGGCAUGGGAGGGACGAGCAGGGAGGAAAGAAAAGGGCAACUCACUGCCUCUGGGUGGAAGUGGUUAUGACUGGCUGACAGAGGACGAACCUCAACGUGGAGAAGAAAGACAACAAAACCAAUUGGGAAGACAGUAUUGCUUUCCUUUCUGCUACCCCUCCCUCUGGAUCUCUCAUUCUAUCUUUCUUUUCCCCUAUGCUCUCGUUGCUUUCGUGGAAGAGAGGAGACAAACAAGGACAGAGCCUUGAACUCGGACGCUGGUAAACACUUUUCACUUUUUUCUCUUCAAGCUUUCCUAUAGCUUAGUCCAUGUCCCAUCGCUUACAUGCUGUCCCUGAACCCUGAAACAGGUUGUUUUCAUCCUUCUGUAUUCUGGCCCUGCAGGAGUCAUUAUAUGUCUGUAAUGUCGCUGGUGUGUGUUGUUGUACAUGACUUAUUAAUGUCCACUGUCAUUCAUCUUUAAUGUGGAGAGACCAGGUACAACUUAAUGGUCUCAGCUGGUUUACAUCGGUGUCCCAUGUUAUCUACGCGGGGUAGGGAGUGGGUGACGCGGGAGUAUAUCACUGACAAAGGCAGCUCAUAGUUCAUGUGUUUGCUGGAGCACAAGUAGGUGAGUCCUAUUUUUCUGCUUUCUAUUGAUUAGGUAUUGACAGCUAUCCUGGUGUGAGUGCGGUCCUGGUGUGGCACAACUAUUACUUCAUUAUUGGUCUGCCUGAUGCAUUAUUCUCCAUCAAGUGAAGUUGUCCCCAGGCCUGUGUGAACUCUGAGUGAGUGCUCCAUUAAGAUUGCACUGCUCCAUUUGCAUUCUAUUUGCAUAUGAUAUACUCCCUGCAGCAAGACAGGGGUGUAAUAUUUACCGGCUUCAUUAUCAUUAAGCAAGAGUUAGAACAGCUUAUGCUGAUCCAGGGGUUCAUAAAGUUCACGCUUAGCUUACGCUUGUCAACAUGCAGCCUAUCGGCUCACCCAGCUGAGACAGUGGUACCCUCCCUCGCUCUAAUUAAGCAAUGUAAUUUUAAGUCUGGCGGUUUUCCCAAACAGGUUCGACUGCCAAAGCUGGUCCUGCAACAUGCCGUUUGUGUGACUACUUGACCAAAGCGGCCAUUGUGUUCCCUCAGGCCACAUUGCAGAUUGUGUUUAAGCAGACAGAUGAAUGUGUGUAUUUUUAGAUGGGUUUUAGUUCGUCUCUCGUGGUGUUUCCAGAUUUCUGCUGACGCAAGCAGUCGAGUUGAUGCACAUUGAGUAACUGUUUCCUGACUCGUCAAAUUCAGAACAUUCACACUCACUCGCACACAGUGUGGAAGAAGCUGGCUCGUUGCCAAAUCCCGAGAUGAAGCAAGAGUCCAACUAUUUUUAUGCGUGUGUUUGACGUCAGCUGUUACAUUGCUUUGACAUGAUGCGGGUGUGUAGCAGGUUCCCAUCAUUGAUCUUUAUAACGACUUGGGAUGAUUCAUGUUUUCACGGGAUGAGUGAAUGGGAAAACCCUGAUUUACUCAUGUCGUGUGACGCCCUGAUCCCUCCCUCCUAUUACACCUAAACAAUCCUUCAACUCUUCAGUAGGUAAAGUGUUCUUCUCAUUUACUUUAUAACAGUUAAGAAAGAAACAAUUUCACUAAGUAUUUCCUUGCAUUGCUUCGUAAAAGUCAUUCGGACAUAGACUGUCCCUCUCUUUAAAUAUUAAUUGACUGCAAACCAAUCAUACUCGACCAGUAUGUGAUGACAAAUGUCACCAGACAUCACAAGACACUUGGAGUCAGUUUGAAGAGACAGUUGGCAAUUAGUGUACGCUAUACAAACUCACCGACCAUUACUGUCAAAAUCAACUCUCAAGUGUGGAAUAACCCUUUGAUGUCAUAUGAUGAGCUUUACUGUGUAUCCGAUCAAGUGGUCCUUUCACAUGCUUAAAGUGAUGUGAAAUUAGGCCUCAAGCUGCUUUAUUAAGCUUGCAGGAGUAGAUAGAACAUGAGACUGUAUUGAAAAACAUUCUCCCCACUGCACUGCUGCUCCAUGUAGCUCAUUCAUUCGGCUCUACAGUGCAGCUCUGGUUGAUUUCUGUGCAAAAAAAAAAAAAAAAAACGCCUCAUGAUUCUUUCAAACUUUGACCAGGAACCCCAUUGUGACAUCCCUGGUGUACAGCGAGGUUCCCUCCUGACAAACAUUUUGACAGAUAAGAGGUGAGUGGACGAAAGACAACAUUUCGAUAGUGGUGGCUGUUGCAUGACAUUUCAUCACUUCAUCGCGCUGUUUCGGUUUACAGUUGGUCGCGUUUGAGUGAGGUUUGGUUUCUGGAUGCGAGUGAAAGGACGAGUGGUGCAAAACUUCCAACAGAAUAUGUGUCCCCAUUUAUUUUUGGCAGGAUCUAAGAGGCACAAAUUUAGCUUGCCUGCUUCGAUAUAAUUUGAUGAAUUCCCAUUGACAGUAUUCAGUAAUUCUGUAUUGACUUUUUCUUUUAAAAAAUAAUGUUAAACUAUUCCUAUGGAGAGAUGUCUUGCCUUUUAGUGUCUGUAAUUUAGUAUGAGAAGAGUUUGUUUAUGUGUGUGUGGGUGUGUGUGUGUGUGUGUUACAAGUCAUUCAGUUGAUAAAUGUCAGGAAAUUGUGAUUCCUCCCCACACACUGAAAUUGCCUCUCCCCUUUCCUGAAUGGCGGGAAAGAGCAGAAUAAUUGUGCGAUAAGGCCUCUAUUAUUUCUUUGACCCCUGAAACAAUAAUUCAGUCGGUGGAACCUGCUUACUUCUUAGUAUGCAUCAGCAACCUCUGCUCCACAACCCAAGAUGCUGCUUUGGGCACUUUGGGUUAAAAAAAACAAAAAACUGAGGAAUGAAUGAGUGAGCAAAUUCCAGACCCUGAUGUCAUUAGUGAUAUUCACAAGAUAUACAUGAUCUAAUGGAAGAGGAUCCAAAACAGCAGUGUCUUUCUUUGAGAGUGGACUUGAAGCGAUCAUUAUCGACAGUCUCUGCGUAAUGGAUAAGAACACAUUAGUCCUGCAAUCGAAAUGGUUAACACUUGUCAUUAAGAGAAUUUGUUUUUCUCUCUGUAUCCACCACAGGUCAUUGAAGGAAAUGAAGAAUAUAGAUUUAUUCAAGAAAAGGUUAAAAAAUGAAGAGUACAUUUAUAAAGGCCAGACUGAUAUGGAUUUUUGGGGCCGAUGCCGAUUAUUAGGGGGGAAAAAAAUCUGAUUACUGAUUAAUCGGCCGAUUGUUAAUUUUUUUAUGAAGCUAUAAAAAAAUUAUAUACUCUAGAUAUACUGUAGGCUACUGCUUUUCGCAGCCGCCGCCGAUCGGUGCCUCCGUGUCUUAACUCACGUUACUAAUUUACAGUCCGGUCCCUCAGUAAGAGAAGUAGCUUGAUCACGUAAUGUGAACUGUUUUUAUUCUACCGUUACUGGCACGGCUAACAGUGUAACAAGGCUUAUAGCAGAUGGCUAACUCUAACUUUAGCUUGCAUAUUACAUGGCGCUUCACCGUUAACUCGGCGUGACCGAGACCAGCACAGCGGGGAACAUCGUGAAGUGGGUUGAACUGAAACUUGUUGACUUAUUGUGUAUUUCACAAACUGGUUUAUUUACCGUUGAGGCGGACCACUCUUCUCCGUGCGUCCCUGAGCCACCUGCUUCAGAUCUGUCACUCUGCUGUGCUGUGUGGUAGUUAGUGGAUGAAGAUUGUCAUGAGGUCGCUGCGCCAUCUACAGGAUAAGUUGGGAAGUUUUCAAAUAGCGGAACAUUUUUGAAGCGAAACCGAAUCUUAUUCACCAUUUCAUUCUGAAAAUAUCGGCGAAAAUCGGCAAGUUUUGGCCGAUUACCGAUAAGUCUCCAACGGGCUAAAAUUGGCCAAUUUAAUCGGCUCGCUGAUAAAUCGGUCGGGCCCUAACAUUUAUUUAUUCGUCUCAUUUAUUUCUGUUUAUGUCUUUGAAUGUAUCUUCAAAUGUAGGUUAGUGUUUGCGUAUUAGUUGUUCACAGUAUCAGGCUAUUUAAUUAUUGAUAGACGUUUGAGGGAUUUCAUUUGUUUAUUUUUAUGUGUAAAGUGUGAAUCAAAGAUCGAUCAAAGUCAGAUGAUUGACAGCUUUGGCCUAUUUGCACAAGAUCAAUGAUCAACUAAAAGUUAUACUAAGUGAAAUAUGAGUAUUAUUUACAAUUGAAGUUGUUUCCAUUUUUGUUUUAUAGCGCUACUCUGCUUUUUUUCCAUGGCUGCUUCUCCCCUCUCAUAAUUUCUCAUGUGCUCAUCAGUUAGAAAAGCACAGCUGUUUCCAUUUUCUCUCCCUUUGUUUUCUUCUCUGCGUGUCCCCUCCCUUCUCCCGUGUCCUCUGUCCCUCAGCAUGCCAGUCACCCUAUACAGUAAGUACCAGCUGGUUCUCUGACUCGGUGUUGUGGAAACACGGGUCUCAGGUGGCCAAAAAGCUCUUUUACAACAGCAGGAGUCCAUCAGGGACAUAGUGCUGGAUCUUAGUUAUGCUGCAGUAAAGCAGGGAUAUAGGCACACUUAAAAAAACACACACAGUUGUAUACCUCCCUUUGGGACCGUUAUGUGAGUGUGUUUGUGUUUUUUUGUCAGUUUAUGACUAAUCUGGGUCUGUUCCCAGCAGCAUGACGUGAGCAAAGGGGCCUCUGCCUUCUCCUCCUGCUCCAUGCAUGUCUGCCUGAAUCUGUGGAUUUUGUCUGCUUAGCCCGGAUUUACAUCAUUUAAUUUCAAGGCUUGCUUAACACGUUUCAAUCAAUGAGCCUCUAUUCGCCCGGCUACGUGGGAUUAGUUAAUAGGAGUAAGAGAACAUUUUGUAGGAUAUAUCCAAUGAUACCCCACCUGGGCUGGUAUAGUGUCUACAUGCUGAUAAAGAGUAUGGUCAUGGUGCAGAAUAGGGAUCAGGAUGCUCCUCUUUAUGCUUGCAAGACAAGACACCAGCUGCAAGUCAAGCCCUGAGAACUAGAGAGAUAGUGAAACGGUGUCCAGGAUCCUGCAAAACAAGCAUGCAUCAGGGUCAGAAAGGUGGCACGAUCCCCUCCCCUCAGUCCAAUAAAGAGGAAGUUCGCUCGCUUGAAAACAUUAUCAGUUCACAGCUGUUAAAAUAAUUGUUGUACUGCAGUACUCCUUCUUAUGCACAACUGUCUCUCUGUCUUUCUAUUCCUAGUGAUGGACACUAAGGCGGUGUUUGCGGCCCUGUACAGCGUGUGUGAAGAAAAUGCGGCUUUCUUCUCAGGAGGAGCCAAAGGGUCGCAGGGUGAUGCGGCACGGCGGCUGGUGGAAACCAUGAAGCUGAUCCAGGAGCAUGCGCACAGUCUGGAGCCCGUCGUCACUGGCUUUGCUGCAGUUUACCAUCACUUUGACUUUGACCCUCACAUACCUGCCAAUGGCUAUCGCUCACUAGUCAAGGUAGGCUGUGGGAUGCUUUCAAGCUUUGUGUGUGUACAGUAAAGUCUCUGAGCCGUGUCUGGGCUCUUGUAUCUGCCCAGUUUAGCUUUAAGAAAAAUAAGCAUACAGCUACACACUCUUAUCAAUAUUCUGCCCACACUGUGAGAAAUGGCUCUGCUUCCCCUCUGUGCCUUCAUAUUGUUUUGUUUCAAGGUCAGUCCAUUUGUUUUCCAGAUUGAUUUUAUGUUGCAAAUCAGGUUAGAUAAAUUCCUCCAGCUGCAGAAUAUCUACCCCAACUGUACUCACUGUACUUUAUCUUCUUCAGUUAUUGAUGAAACAUCAUGACCUUCAGUAGCUGCAGCCCACCACAACUGAAUGAGUCUAGCAGGGCAAUAAAUGAAUGCUGCUCUGUUUUCAAGCCUCCAGAUUUCCACAUUUAUAAUCCUUCUCAUCCCCACACUGCAACUUUGACUAAUCUGUAACACCGUGGUUGGAGCACUGAGCAUUUCACAUGCUUGCUUUCUGGCAUGCUAUCAUACACGCCUUUUUUUUCCCCUUUCAGUCCUAAUAUCUUAAUCUUUAGACAAUUUCAGCAGACCCAAAACACAUAAAUUGAACACAGUUGCAGGUCUCUUUGUGGCCAACUCAGUUUUUUUUAAUCUCUGAAAAUGAAGAAUUCUAACUAUAGCAAAUGCCAGAUGAUGUUUUUCGAGUUUAACAAGAAUGAACAACUGCACAUGCAGUGUUUACUGGUGAGAGAGGGGGGUAGUUAGUAUUCCUCGUCAUGCUGCUGUCUGUCUACAUUUCUGUUGCUGUGUGCCAUGUUACAUGUUAAUUCGAUCUGGUGGGUUGUAGGUCUGUACCACUUCUCCCAGAGGCAUUUUAAUAUGCUACUGUUGCCAGCCCCCUGGAAAAUAUGGAAUGAAUCGAAGGGUACCUGCCUGGUGAAUGGGUCCGAUGACGCCAGGCUUUAAUGUCCCAAUAAUAUAUUUAAAAAGUACAUAUACUUAUUCUAAUCAGAAAGAUGGAGGAAACAGAAUAGCAGAGGCAGACAUUAGACCUCAAAUUGUGCGAAUUCAUUGCCUUCAUCUUCAUCUUUCUCUAGUUGGUGCGCUGCUGCCUUCUCCACAUCAUCCAGAAGGGGCGCUACAUCACCACAAACCGCCGUAGCAUCUUCUUCCGAGCAGCACACAAUGCAGGGGAGAUGGAGGCCUACUGCAAUGCUCUGUGCCAGCUACGAGCCCUCCUUUACCUGGCUCAGCGUAUGCUCCAUGACAACAGCCACGGUAACCUGUUUUUCCAGGAUGAAAGUGGCCUCAGUGAGAGCUUUGUCCGAGAAUACGCCUCCAUGCACAAAGGGUGCUUCUACGGCCGUUGUCUUGGCUUCCAGGUGAGAUGAACAUCUCUGUACACUUGGGCACAUUUGAACUGGUUAAAAGAAGUGGGAGGCAUAAGCAGGGCGUACCUUUGAGAACUUUAUGUAAGACAUAAGUCAGAAAAAAACGAACUGCUGUAGAAAGUAGGAUUUAAAAGUACAAGAAAACAUCUCAGAAUGUCACAGAGAAAAAUAACAAAGCAACCUCAAACUAGUUAAUUAUCUCUUUAUCAUACAAACAAACAACUGAAUGUGACUGCAGUUCUGAAAAGGUACACUUAAAGCUUUUAUGCAUACCAAGGUUGUUAUAAUAAAUGAAAACUAACAAAACAAGAAAAACAAGAAAACCAAAAACAUUUCUGUCAACUGAAAAAAAGAUCAAAAUGUAGCUGUACCAAAAAAACAUGGGGAACUAAAACUGUAUGCUAUAAAGCAAACUAAAAUGAAAUAAGACUGAAAUGUCUUCCAUUUUCAUUUUUCAUUUUUUUCCUUUACGGUCCUGCUCAAGUUUUGGGUCGACGUUUUAAAAGCAGGAGUAAAAAACCUUUCCUUUUGUUGUUGUGUUUUCUACAGAGUUGCCUCAUGAGGUGAUGUUUUUUUUUUUUUCAUCACAAUAGCCAGGUUUUUUUUGGGUUAUACCCCUGACGAGUAUCCCAUAUAACAAAAAAAUAGGACUAUCAAAACUGAAUUGAGCAUUUUCUAAAACAAAAAACAAACAAACUUUAAAACCAGUAUAAAAAAAUAUUUCAGACUCAGUCAGAAUUGGAAACAAAAAGCCAAAACAAAAAAUACAAAUGAAAGUUUCAGAGCUAUUGUACCCUUGGAACAAACAAAAUCCUUUACUUUGUGUUAUGUUACAGCCUGUAAUGCUGUCGUCUAAAGUCACAGCUCAAGAUGUUCAUAAUUCUUGAAAAAAGUGACAAGUUGAUGAAAGAGGAGAAAACGUUUUUUUGUGCACGUCACCAGGUGCUCAUAUAAACCCCUUCAUUACGUCUGAGUCUACAGGGAGAGAUAAUAAAGAGGGAGAGAGAAGUAAGAAGUGUAAUAAGUAAAGGCCAGGAAAGUAAUACAGAGACGGGGAUGACUCCUGCUGCUCAGACCCGCAGGUAAAACGUGGGGAGUAAAGGGUUUGAUUGUACAGCCACAGUUUCUGUUCUCAGUUGAGCUUAACGAGAGAGGCUGAAACCCCAGUGGACCGAGGUCAAAAUCAAACUAAAGGGAAAAAAUGAUGAAACCUCCAAAGCGCUGUCAGCAUCAAUUUAUAAUGUCUAGUACUCCUGUGAUAUUCUGAUAGCCCAUCAUCUGUUUCUCCUGCUGAAGAUGAAUGAUGACUGUUUAAUUCCAGUUUAUACUCUCUUAUUAUAAGUCCUAUGGAUGUGAAUUAUAAUUUUAAGUAUUUCUCUCUCUCUCCCUCUCUUUUUUUUACCCUCCAGUUUACUCCAGCCAUUCGACCCUGUCUGCAGACCAUAGCUAUUGGGCUUGUGGCCUUUGGAGAAAACUACAGACGGCAUCAGUCAGGAAUAGGUCAGCAUCGUUCUGUCUGCAAGCUGUACCCUCUCAUCAUUGAGCCACUUCAUUUUCAUUCAUAGACCGUACUCAUCCCCACGCCUCUUCUGCAUUGCUCCUUGGCCCCUCACUGUGUACCUUUUGAUGUUGUGUGUUUAGAUUUCGAGAUGCUCUUUCAUCCCUCGGAUUCUCCAGGGUUAGCUGCAAAGCUUCUUCUAUAUUUCAGAAUGUUUUGAACAUGCACACAGUUAUGGGCAGGAGCAAGGAACGUACACCAUUAUAUACGCAUUUUCGCCAUGCAUGCACACACACAGACACGGACACACUCGAAAUUAAAAGAGGAAUCAUUCAACUCUUGCGGUUUCUUGUGCUCUGUGCUGCAACACAGUGGAGGCAGCCGGUAUUGCACCAUACGGUGAGUGUACCCCCUCUCCCCUUCAUCAUAGCCCUCUGUGGUGGCCUCAGAGCAAGAAGGUGCUAGUGUUGUUAUCCUUUAUAGUUCUGCAUACAGUUCCCUCAGCUGCAUUAGCUUGUGCCUGCUGUAUUUGCCUCACAGAUUGAGCAGUUAGGUACAGCCACAGCAUCUGACUGUGACUUUAACUGUCGGACUUGUUGCAGAGCAAUAAAAUAAGGGUUGAGUUUGUUUCAACGCGGCACUUUACAUAGUUACCUCUAUGUAGGAGUAAGAUGAUAGUGCUGUGAGUGUGUGAAAGUUGGUGAUAUACAGUUGUGUUUGACUAUAAGUCCUUAAUGUAGCUAUAAUCUUGACGUAUGCUGUGUUUUAGCAACCUGAACCCCUCUAUCUACUCUUCAAUCCUUCCACCUUCCAUCUUUUUUGCAUUCCCCAUGAGUGUUUGUCAGAGUUUUUGUUUUAUGUUCAAAGGUGCAGGCCAUCUCUGCAGUUUUGAUGUUCUUACCCUUUCUGACUUUGUGAAAUUACUUUUUUUAUUGCCCUGUUAUUGAACUUUUGCCUGCCAGUCAUUUUUCCAUUCCAUUUUUUCUCCCUCUUCAACCGCACACAUCAUCCUUUCCCCUCUUGUCGUUUUUAUUUCUGACCAUAUUUCAUUUUUUUCAUUAAAUUGUCUCUGGAGUACCCAACCUGUUAGUACACCUUUCUCAUUUUGUCAUUCUUUAUACCUUUCCCAGGUGUAGCAGCCAGCUCUUUCUUCAACUCGGGAAAAUACGCUAUUGAUCCGGAGUUGAGAGGGGCAGAAUUUGAACGCAUCACCCAGAACCUGGACGUCCAUUUCUGGAAAGCCUUCUGGAACAUCACUGAGACUGAAGUCCUUUCAGUGAGUUAACUGUCAAUGCAUCUUGUCAAAGUCUCAGACAAAUGCACUUACCUGUGUGCAAUCAGUAUUCCUCAAAUGUCACUCCUGAUCCAUGUACAGAGAUAAGUGCACUGCCCUGUUUUAAUUUUAAAACUGUAUCAGGGAUAUUUUACUUUCCUCUGGUAAAAGUACCUUUUCUAUCAGUAUGCAUUUUGGCCCACAGGCUGCUGGUAAUAAUAGAGUGGAAUUCAAUUUAUUCAAUGGUUCAUGAUUUAUUCAUCUGGUUUCUCUUUCUCUCCAGUGGCCUGCCUCGCUCUGUAACUUGCACUCUUUCUCUUUUUCUCUCUGCCUUAUACCCAAUUCUUUCUUUCUGCUUGUCUGCUUAUUUCGUUCUCACUUUUUCUCUGUUAUCUCUCUCCCUCCAGAGUCUUGCCAGUAUGACAUCCACAACAGUCAAGGUGAACCGGGCUCUUUCUGUGCCCCCCGUGCCCUUUGACCUUCCCCUGGCGGCCAAUCACAAAGCAUCUGUAACUAUAGCUCCACCGUCAGCGCAUAUCGGCACCGCUCCGGUUCAGAUGAGGCUCAUCUCUUGUGACUUACGUGAAGGACAGGUAAUGAAAUUAUUACUCUGUUCACGUCCAAGUACUACGAGUGAAAAAUGCAACAAAAAAAGCUCGGGUAUUUUCUUUUUUAUGCGACACUAGACUAGAUCCUGUAUCUGCUGAGUGCUUGCUUCACACUGUCUCCUUGUGUUUCUUCUAACUAUGUUUUGUGACCUUGUUUGUUUCAGUUUUUUUCAUCUCCCCCUUUUAAACUAUUUUUUACAUACCCGCUGUACAAGUUCUUCAAAAUUCAAAUUCUAUGUAAAACGUUUGUGUUAACUCUAAGAGUUGUUUGAGAGCUCAUCCUCAUGGAUGUAAUCCUUGGCAUCAUCAUCAUCCCCCUCCCUUUUUUUAUUUCUCUGCCAUAAAGUAUCGUUCAAAGCAUCACUCCCCCAACUUACCUGGCCACUUUCCCUUAAGAGAUUCCCUCUCUCCUCCCGAGUUUCCUCCUUACUUUGCAGCCUGGCACUUAACCAGGUGCCAUCAACAAACACUUACAGCCAUUGAUCAUGCUCCAGCAAAACAAAAGUGUGCUUUUUUUCUGUUGCUAAAUACAAGCUUGCAUCAGCGGAGGCCCUCCUUCUCAGACAUAGCUCCCCUCCCUCCUUGUUUCGGUUAAUGAAUGGGAAUUAGUGUGCGUUCAUGCAGGCGCAGGAAGGGCUGGCAGCAAGCUGCUGUAGAGCAGCUAGUUAAUCCCCCUCUCAAAGGAGCCCUGUUGCUAACACUAGCACUGACAUGUAUCAAAAACGAAAACAACACUUUGUUUGCACUGUACACAGUUUGAGAACAGCUUCAGAAUGCAAACAGGGCUGUCACCAUGUCACCAUCAUGUGCGGUUUUGGGCUGUUAGACCAAAUCAGCUGAUUUUGAUAACUUCUAUGUCAGUUUUUCUGUAUUUUCAUUUACCUUUUCCCCUCUCUCUCUCUCUCUCUCUCUCUCAGGACAGCGAGGCUCUGCUAUCUCUCUCUCGCUCUGAGGGGGGGUCCAUCUCUCUGUCACUGGGGCUGAAGACCAAACGCCUCCCCCCAUCCCCAUGUCUCUUGAUUCACUUCCACGGAGGAGGCUUUGUGGCACAGACAUCCAAGUCCCAUGAGGUGAGAUCAGAAUCACCAGUCAUGGUUUUCCAAACCUGAAAAACAACAAGUUACCACUUUUUAGGAGGCAAACUUAAUUCAAAAGACUAUACAUAUGUUUGUAUUGGGCAAAAUUUUGACUGAUUCCUUUAAGUCAGGAUUUGACCAAUUUUUGAUACUUAAAAUGGACCAAAAAGGCAAAGAAACUAAACGUCUCUAUUGUAAGACCUGUAACAUUUAACCCAUUAGGGGUCUGAGAAAAAAACGAUACAGCAUCGUAUCGUGAUAUUUUGUCUGGUGAUUUAUCAUGUCGUCUCAUUGACCAAGUAUCAAUUCUUUCAAGUUAAUUGCUAAUAUGAAGUCAAAUUUAUGAUGAUGGAAAAAUAAAAUCAACAGUUUGUCCAGUGAGGUUGGCAAAAGGGACAUCAUGGAGCAGGAGAAAGUUCGUACAACAAAUAUAUAAAAGGUUUGCAAGAUGUGCUACAGGAAAAUACAUUUCAGCGUAAACAAGACAAACAUAAAGGAAAGACAAAUGCUAAAUCAGCUAAACAGUUGAAAAAAUUGUAUAAAUCGCAAUGUAUUGUAUCGCAAUACUCACUGUAUAUCAUAUCGUAUCUUGGCCCAAGUAUCGUGAUAAUAUCGUAUUGUGGGGCCACUAGGGAUUCCCACCCAUCUAACCCAUAGAGUCAGCAUCACAACAAUUUUCAUCCAGCUGAGUGGAUCCCUCACUUCCCUUACUCCAGCUAAUCCCAUUUUUCACUGUGCAGAAGCUGAGGUAUUACGAGUUAAAGUCUCUUCUGAUGUCAGGUAAUAAGUGGUCCUCUUUUGUCUGGGAACUCACUCCUGCAAACUUAAUAGAGACGGUUUGCCCUGAAUCCACACCUUUCUUCUCAUGAUAGCUACCUACCUGAAUCAUAAAUUCACUUCCUCAUCAUCUCCAUUUUUUCCUUUUGUGGAGGAGUCUAUGUCCCACAUUUAUUCCUCUGUGACUGAAAAAAGUGGGACACACAAUUAAGCUGGGACCUCUUAUUGAAAAAAAGUUUGAUUGAAUUUUUUGUCAUCUCUCCAGACAGCACUUGACGAAAUUGUUUUCCAUCCUGAGUAUAAAACGGUGGUGUGAAGUAUUUUACCUGUUGAUUCAAUGAGGGAUCAAAUCGGUCUCCCAGCCUCCCCCUAUGCUGAUCUGAUCAUCUUCGGCUGUGUGGAAUCUUUAUGUAGCGUCAGCCUACUCCCAGCUAACACAAGACAGGGCUCUGUGAAAUUGCCAAGGACAUGGGCAUCCUUGACUGCAGCAAUGUAGCAACCAGCGGAUGAGACGGGGGGCAAUCAGAGAAAAGGAGCGAACAGGGCUGUCAUGUUGAAUUAACAGAGAACCGUACAACCCUUGAGAGAAAGAUCACUGCAGGCACUAAUGGAAGCGCUCACCCUCCAUUUUUGAAACAUCCUCCCUCUCAAUCUUUGUAAUAUCUUGCAGUAUCCCUUGUUGCUCCUCUGGUGUCCUUCAGUGGUAGGAGCCUUUGGUGCCCUCAGUGCUCAAUGAGGCUGAGAUCACAGAGAUGGAUACUCCAGCAUCUGUGCAUUAAGCGACUUGGACAUGGACCACACACUCACCCACCCACACACACAGAGUUCGGCCAGCAGAGGUUUACACAUGCAGAUGAACUGCUCUGCCUGUUUGAGAAUGAGGGGGGACUACAGCUCUUAGAAAUACCUGCUGUGAGAACAGAUCUGGGACUCUCUGAAAUGGUGUGUGAGAGUUUUUCUUGGUGAAUAGGAUAUCUGUAAAGGAACAGUCCAACAACACAGACACACACACACACACACCAUCACGCCCUUAGACUCUGCUUUUUGGGUCAUUUGUUGUGAGACUAUACCUGCAUUUAUGUGUGCAGAUGAUAACAGUUUGACUGAAGGUCCUGCCCGUGGACCCCCACCGUAUCUUGACACUAAUUGUAGCCUUGCAACAAUCGCUGUUUUUCAUACAUAGAUGCACACACUCACACCUGUGGAGUAUCUUUGCUUAUUUAAACCCACACUGACCUGAACAGUGCCUGAGCUGCACGCACAUUUACAUGUCAUCAGUCUCACUCUUCUGAGAUGUGCUGUGACAGGUCGGGUCCUGAGACAGCAUCGCCACAGACUGCUGAAGCUGCUCCUUUGAUUUCUUUUUCAUACUUUCAUACUGACUCACUGGUCGGUGAGCCGUCAUACAAGCGUACACACACACUGUGCCUUUCCUGGCAUUGUGAUUGGAGGGCUGGCGGCGAAAGUGACAGCCCUGUCAUAGCUAGUCAGAAACCUGUUGAAGAAAGAUAAAGACAGAGGAGAAAGGAUGAAUGCAUUGUGGAAGGAAUAUUUUUUUUUCUAUAACAAGUUUGGAUGCCUUUCUCUCAUUUUAAGGUCACUGCAAUUCAGUUGUGAAGUCGAGUACAUGCCUCAGGUUGGCAUUAGAACAGUAAACACUCAUCUUGGCUGUGGAGGAAGGAAAAAGAAAACACUCUGCACUUUGUAUCCCUGUAAAUUCACACCCAUCCCAUCCUCUUGUCUUUGUCCUUUUCCCCAGUAAACUAGGACGUGUGAAAGCCACCUGUUAUUACCAUGUACAGAGAUGGGAAAUAGAGGUGACUGUGAGGGCAAUUCUCAUUCUGUCUUUGUCUAGACAGUAAUUCAGAAAGCAGACAGAUGACAUCAGAGGGGCAUAUAAUUUUCAUAAUUUUUCAUCCUCGUUUCUUAAUGUUCACGCCCACGCAUCUCUCUCCCACCACAUUUCUUUGUCUCACUCCGUCUCACUGCCUCUUUGCUGUAUCGUGGAUGCUGUUGUCCUCAUGAAUUUAACAAAACGGAAUAUAUUCACUGUGAAACUAAGUGUUCCCCCAUCAGAUAUUCACCUCUCUGUGCACCCUUGUGUUCUGUCUUGUGCAGCCUUAUCUGAAGAGCUGGUCCCAGGACCUCGGCGCCCCCAUCCUGUCAGUGGACUACUCUUUAGCCCCCGAGGCCCCCUUCCCAAGGGCUUUGGAGGAGUGUUUCUACGCCUACUGCUGGGCUCUGAAAAACCACCAUUUACUAGGUACACACAGGCCGGCGUCUGUUUCAUCUCCUCUUUGCAUUUUAUCUACCAAAAAGUAAUGGGAGAGUAUGCUCAGCUGAAAUGAUACAUAAGGCAGGUAAAAGUAAGUGGUUUAUUAGAAUUAAUGAGCGUCUGUAAGUCCCCACUUGCGUUCCCUACGCCUCUCGAGAGAAUUCAUUCAUCACUUUGAAAGUAAUCACGCUGCAGCACAAUGUCUCGCAGUGUACCUCUUGUUCUGUAUCAUCUCGCAAAUUGUGAUGCUUACAAUGAACACAGAAAAAAAGGCUUCUUGUCUGUUCUGGGUACAUUCAGCCUCUGAACAACGCUGAGUCAAAUUAACAGCAAUCACAAUGCAUCAUGUUAGUGUGCAAGAAAGGAACAAGGAGACUAUACAGGUGCUAUAAGGGAGACAGUGAGACAACACUUCCUCUCUAUAGCCACAUAUUCAGCUGUGAAACUGUGCAGAGAAACUGUAACUUGAUGGUUGUCUCACCAGUUUUUUUUCAGUAUCUUUCAGUCAAAUAGGAGUUAUUUUUAUCUUUCCAACCUUUAUUUUUGUCUUUCAUUUUACUACGUCUCCCCAAAAAGCUCUCAUUGCUUCCUCUCCUCUUUCCCUCCAUCCUAUCAUCUCUGUCCUAUUUUAAUCCCUUUCAGGUUGGACCGGAGAGAAAGUGUGUCUGGCAGGUGACAGUGCAGGAGGCAACCUGUGUGUGACGACGACGAUGCGCGCUGCCGCCUUUGGUGUUCGGAUGCCAGAUGGUAUUGUGGCAGCCUACCCGGCCACCCUGCUGACAGCCUACGCAUCGCCCUCACGUCUGCUAACACUUAUGGAUCCCCUGCUGCCUCUCAGUGUGCUCUCCAGGUGUCUCAGCGCCUACGCAGGUAAGAGUGCGUAUUAUUAAAAGAAACCGAGCCAGGACUCUGCUUUGUUAAGUGAAUUUAGAUCCAUUUUCUUCUUUUUUCUUUCAAGCAGUCCUGCAUGUCUAUGCCAUCUGCUCCACAUCAAUCACACUCUUAAUCUCACUGUCUGAACUUUGGUUGUAGAUUUAUUAAUAGUAAUACUACUCAAAACGUUUUUGUAGCAAUGAUUAUAUAUUUCUUCCAUGCUGUAACAGUUGUUUUUAUGAGUGUUCAUACAUUCUAGUUUGUCUGUUGGUAUUAUCAUUUUCCAUGUCAAGAAGCCUAAAGUAAUGUCUUCAAAUUCUUAGCCGAGCAGUGUAUCAAUAACUGAUGAAUGGAAACACACAGAAUAACUGAGACGUCAGAGUCGUGUGUGCAGAAACUAUUUUUAGAGAUUGUAAUAAAUGAGAAAAAGAGUGAAGAAGAUUAAAAAACUGGCCAAACUCUGCAAAUACAGACUUUCUUUUCCUUUUUUUUCUUUUAAUAACUAAACUAAAUGCCUGUAAUUUUCUGUUCACUUCUCUAGUCCUACCCACUGUAUAUUGUCUUCUAUAAAACAGACUGCUUUAUGUGCAGUAUUUCAUGGUUGUAAUGAACCAACUGUGUCGCUUCUUCACUGCUUCCUCUUUUUCGGUUUUCGAUCAUCUUUGAUUUUACUGGAUGAAUUACAAAAGAACAUUUCCAUAACUGUGGAGCAUCUACCUUUUUUCAUCCUUUUCCAGGCAGUGAGCCGCAGACGGAGACCCAGAUAGAAAAAGUGAGCACACUGAGCAUGGUGAGAAGAGACACAGCGCUGCUGCUAAAAGAUUUCCGACAGGGAGCCACAAACUGGAUUCACUCUCUGCUGGAUUCAAACAGAGCGUCAGCCUCUCCUGGCACAGCUGCAGAGGCGCCACCAGGAGCCACUGGUACACCGCCGACUAUGGCUUUGUGCAUGGGUGUGAUUGUGCGUGUUUGUGCAGUCAGGUGGGGACAGGAGAUGAGAUGUGGGAGGCAUCAGAGUGUUUUGAUGGCAGCUAUUGUGUUCAGCGUUCUCUGUAGAUGUCCUCCACUUGUUUUUUUGAUCUUAUAUUUGCGAAAAAGUAAAAUGAAUGUGAUAGUGGUGAAUGUGGUGUGUUUUUACUGCCUGUGUUUUCAAUGUCUUAAUUGAGCUGAUUAAUUUAAGUUUUAUGAUCGCAACAUCAUCGAAUGCCCCAGGGUUCAUUCAGAUCCCAUAUGGAGGAGGUUGCAGAUGUGGAUCCCGUUUAUUCAUCAUCAGCUCACCAAUUAUGGCUCCAUCCCACUUUGUUGCAUAACACUCCUCUAGCUCCAUUCAUAUCAAUUCACCUCUUUGGAGCAGCAGGCCUUUGACAGUAAUUGUUAAUUGUCGCCACCGUAAAUCUGGUGGCGAACUGUAAUUUCCCUGGUGUCCCCUUAGCUAGGUGACACCCCCACAGCUGCAAGCCCAAACUAAUGAGAAUGUCAUUGUUGGGUGUGCAUUAUUAAAAGGCCAUCAUGGCUCAGAGAUGGUUCAUUAUUAAAGAGAUGAGAGAUUGCAAGCGCUUUGUGAAGAGACCAGCCAUGACGACUCUUACAGCUGUGUUUUGACGGCUCAGGGCAGGCGGAUGAUAUCACCAUGACAGCACUGUUUGAAUUUCCUUCACCCACUUCUCCCCUCUUCUUCCGGAUAUAUUCCAAUUAGCAUUUUAGGCUUUUAACUGUUGGCUGUCAACCAGAGGACGUAUGAUAAGUGGAAUCUGUGGAAUAAGUGAAGUGGGUGUGUGUACUAUUACUGGUGUGUUUUCCUUGUGUCCUCCAAAUGCUAUUGACCUAAAGAAAAUUUAAGUGGCGUCUAUUUAAGUGGCAUCUUCCCCUGUUUAGACCAUUUACUGUAAUUUGUAUAUCCAGCGUUCACUUUUUAAUGCACUUAUUUUGUAUUUAGGUCUAACUUUUGCUAAAUGUCUCUAAAAUUCCUCUCCCUUUAUCUCCUCUCUUAGACACAGUGAGGAAGAGCAUCUCAGAAGCAUCCUUCUCCUCUCCCCACGCCGACCCCCCCAUACCCUCCGAGACCUCAGAGUUCCCCACCCGGAAAUUAUCUGUCAAGAGCCAGACUUGUCAGGACUUGGGAGCCCACAACAAUUCCACUUCUCACAAUUCACCGCUUCUCUCUGAGCGAGCCGUACGUCACGCUUUGACAUGUUAACAUCAUGAUUAGCUAGCUUUCACUUGGUGUUCUGGGGAAGAUGACAGUGUUGAAGAUCUAUGGGUUGUAGUUUAAAAGAAUGCUGAGCUGUUACUUGUGAGAAUUAGAUCCCAUGAUGAAGAAAAGGUCAGUAAUCUGAAGAUCAUUAUAAUGCAGUCAAACUGAUAUUUUUCACAGACUCCUUUUAAUGAUCUGCUUUCAUACCGCUUGUAUUAAAAAGAUUUAGCAUAUGGUUGUAGACUUUUUUUCAGAGUCGGAGAGAACAUCAGCAUAUUUAGGUCCUCUGUCUGACAGGGGUGUGCACAUGUAAUGUUUAUUAACUCAGCUAAGAUUAUGUCAUCCAACGCCUCAAACAGAUUUAGCAAGAAAUGCUGACUGGAUAUCAAAACUUUCUAGUUGUGCGUGUGCCGGCAAGGUACUGCAGAUUAUCCUUUGGGUGUAUUUUCACACAGGCGGAGUGGAUUAGUGGCUGGCUUGGGAAAAAUAGCAAGCAGAGGUGAUGUAGGAUUUUAAAUAUGCUUUUCCUCCUUCAAAGGAGAAUUGUUCAGCCAAGGCUCUGAGGCACUGAGCCAAAGUAUUUUGAACAUUUUCACAAGGACAAAGUGGUGUGUGUGAAAUUUAAUCAAGUUUUCUGUCGGUUAUUUAUUUGUUAUACCCUCGAUCAUUCUCGCCGUUAACUUCCCAGUGCUGUCCAAACUCGCUUGAGUUGAUUCUCAUCUCUUCUUUAAUGUAGCCAGAAGAUGUGAAUUUCUACCUCUCCAAGGACACGGAUCCCUGCAUUUCCAGAGACCUGUCUCCAGUGGCCAUACCGCCCCCUGCUGGAGAGGAGGGAUCAGAACUGGAGCACCCAAGGGAGUUCCCCUUGGGGUUUGAGCCCCUGCGUUCAUCGCAGCUGGCUGAGAUGAAGGUGGAGGUCUCUCCGGUCGUCAAGGAUCCUUUUUGCUCUCCUCUUCUGGCCCCCGAUAGUAUGCUGAAGGGGCUUCCACCUGUACAUAUAGUGGUAAGAAGAUGCACAAGUUUACACAAAAGCAGACAAUAAGGGCAAAAAAUAUGAUCAGAGUAAUUCCUUUUUUUGUAUUGAUAAAUUGAGAUUUUUGCUCAGUACAUGUUUUGAUCAAGCUGGCAGUUUGAGGAGCAUCCUGAUAAAAUAACAUUAACAAUUUAUCUGUUUAUGUUGCUUUAUUAACAUUUGUUGUCUUUUGAGCAUUUAAAGGUUGUCAUUUUUUUGUGUAUUUCUGCUUUUAUUUGGAAAUAAGAGAGUGGGCAGGGGAGGAAACUGGGAUGCGUCAAGCUGGAAUUAAACCUGAGCAACCUCGGACUAAAGCCUCUUCUGGUUUAAAUGAUCUUAGCCUUAUUAAGAUCAUUUAAACCAGAAUCAAGCAGUCUCUCUCUGAUGCUAUUCAUAGAUAUAUCACCACAUCCUGGGAAAGGCUGCCAGACAUAUCAGUGUAGCCUUGUUAUAUUACUCCAGUGUUUACCAUAUCAGCUGGAGAGGUAUUAUUGGCAGAGUCCCCCAACUCUUCAAAUUUAUAGACCCAGUUAAAAAAAAGAAGGAAAAACACAAAAUAAGUCUUUCUUGUAAUCAAUCAAAGUUCUGUGGCAGACACAGGAUAUGAAGCACGGCUGAUUCCAGCUGAGCUGCCUCUAAUUUCCAUGUACCGGUAGUUGAUGUGAUUUUAUAAUUUUCUGUCUACAAUCUUCUCAAUUUGGAGGACCAUGGGGGUUAAUUGCAUCAUUAAUUUGGUGCCCUUUGUUCCACUCUUUUCUUCAAUACCAGACACCCCCUCAAACAAUGUUUGGCAGUAAGAAGUGGGCACUGACUUUGUCUGUAAGAAAAAAUACAGACUUACUGUCCAUCAUUGCCAACUUUCAUGUCCAAAAGGCUGUUCAACAAAUGUUCAAGUUUAUCAUUAUACACAUUGUCCACUCUGUUGUUGUUGUUGUUCCUGAUGCACAUCAUGUAGUGGCUCAGCCCUGGUUAAAAUGAUUGACAGAGCACAUUCAUAAGCACUUCUCUAUUUCACUCCAGUGUCAAGCAGUGCUUUAAAGAGCUGUUAAGUUCUUACAGCCCACUACAUUUAGUAGAUUUUGGUAGAAAAUUGCUGGUUUACAUGUUUCUUUCAAGUUUAAAAUUUUAAGAUUAAUGUUAGAGCAUCUCAGAGCAGAUCAGGAAUGGGAUUGUGUGGUGAUGAUGAUGAGAAGGGAGCAGCAGACUGAGGUACAACAAGGCAUCCUCUAAUGUUAAGAGAGAAAUCUACCAAGUGCUCUAGACUCAGUGCUGUAUGAGAGUGAGCCGGAGUGUGAUGGUGGGGAGAUUGAGGGGGUUGAAGCCUGCUCUCUUGUGAAAAGAGUGUUAAUAUGAAAAUGAGGAAAUUGGUGCUGCCUUUAAAGUGCCUGGAGUGAGUCAGCGAGAAUGUAAAGAAAGCUGGGACAAAAGAGACUAGGACGCUUGGCUUCCUUUUCUUCAUCCUUUAAUUAAGAUUCUUGACAUGUCUGAAGGGAGUCCUAAUUUGCUUUCCUCCCUUUUUCUCCUCCUCCUCCUCCUUCUCUUCCCCUCUCUCAGGCUUGUGCUUUGGACCCCAUGCUGGAUGACUCUGUGAUGUUUGCCAAGCGUUUGAGGAGCAUAGACCAGCCUGUCACUCUGUGCGUCGUCGAUGACCUCCCUCACGGCUUUCUCAGCCUAUCCCAGCUCUCCAGGGAGACGAGGGAGGCUGCCAACGUCUGCGUGGGUAGGAUCCGCGCCGUCUUCACCCAGAAGGACUCACCCCCGGAGCCGCGCAAGCACCGCAAGCUGGAACGGACCGAUAGGGGCGUGUCAGCCGCUUCUGGGGAAGCCGAUUCUCUCUUUGUUUGCCCUAUUGAGGAAGUGGAGCUGACUGAAGGAAAGGGGGUCAGAAUAUCUGAUGGGGAGGGCCUGGUCAGUGCGGAGGCCCAGAAUAACUCUGAUGCUGGUGGCAUUGAGUCUCAAACAAGGUUAGAUUAAAACAGAAGGACUGCAGUUCACCCAAGGAAUUAAGAGAAAGAGCAAAUGAAAGUCAGUGCAAUGCUUAGAAAAGAAGAGAGAGGAAGCAUCCUUCAAAAAAAAAGGGUGAGGGGGGUAGUCUGGGAGAUUGCCCUGUUCUUAGUGAUGUCAAAAGAGAGGAGGGACAUGAAAUACGACUCCCUCAGCUUUACAUUUCUUACCACAUGUCUGCAUCAUCACACACCGACACUAAUCUUGCAGAUAGAGCAAACGCACCCAUAGAAGACAGUCUUAUUUCAAAACAAAAUGGUGAUUUAGCAGGUUCUCAGAUCAAAGACCCACACUCACCCACACAUGUGACACAGAUACUUACACAGAGUCGCUGUUAGGCAGCAGAGGGUCAGACAGAAGAGUCUUGGGACGUAGCCUGAAUGGGUGAUUCAUCCAGGCUAAGGCAGUCAUUUGAAAUCCUAAUCAGAUGGCAGGAGACACAAUAUAUGCUUCUGUACAGAGUCAUCGUAUCAAAAUGGCCACUUGUCCUUAAGGGAGCCUCUCUAAAUCAGACUAAUAACUCCUCAUUGUGUUCUCUAUUACGCCAGUUUGGCAGUCAAUAUAGCCCACUUUGUGGAUGGUAACUGUGUUGACUCUGCUAAACACAAUUACAGAGCGAAAACACAACACACUAAAAGGCUCCAAAGCGGAUGAAUUGAUUUACUCAUCUGUUGCUCUAAUAUUGCAGUUUUUAAUCAUCUAUAUCUAAAUCUAUGCAGUAGUUUAACUUUUUAUUUAUAUAUUUUCUAUUGCUGUAUUGUAAUCCUUGAAUCACUAUAGGUCUGUAUGUUGAUUUUUACAUUAUAAUGUUUGUUUAAUGUAAUCUCAUGCUGUUCCACAUUUUUUGAAUGUUUCCACUAUUUACCUCUGCUUCUUUGGCACAGCAGCUGCAUCAAUCCUGGACUUUUCAGUUGAAAUCAUAUCCUACUCUCAGUACUGCAAACUGACAGGAUAAGGAAAAUGUAGAAUAUGACACAGGGACACAGUUCCCUCUUUAGAUGCUGCCUGGUUAUCUUUAUUGCGCUAGUAUUAAUAAUGCAGAGAUUGCAUUUAAUUGAUCACUACAAUGAAAUCAUGAAGACGCACUGAGUUGGAUUUAAGACGUGUACAUGCUUGGUCCUAACUUAACAAGCUUUUUAAGAAAAAUCACCGUAUUUUUAUUUGAUUAUUUUAAGACAAAGAACUGUUGCUCAAGAUUUACUACUUUCAACCGGAGGAAGUGAGAGCAAGAGGCAGCAAAAAGCCUGGCCCUCAGCUAUCAAUACUCAUUUUAAACUCUGCUGCACUGAUUUCCUCUCAGAUAGCCCUCGUUCCUCACCAGGCAUUAUUGCUCACCACUUCUCUGCACAGUAUGCAGUGUGUCAGAAGUACCACUUCUCUUCAGGCGGGGUAUCUCCUUCCUGACAAUCUGUUUCUACAAAUGGAAGCCUUUUAGGCAAUCCUCCAAGACCCUCUGAAGGAAAAAAAAGAAGAUCGUAGCCGUGUUGUGUAAUCGCCACUGAACUUGUAUUUUGGCCAGCUUAAGUAGCUGGUGGUCCAGAUUUGUUUCACUCCCCACCAUCUCAUUUGUUAGUUGAUUUUGUUUUUAAUAAACUUGAGAACACUACCCGGAGGAAGUUGCCACUGAAGCACUUUAAAGUACACAAAAAUGUCCUUCAGAGGGUCAGCCCCUCUAUCAGGCCCAACUAAAUAUAGAUGCCAACAAUGCUGGAACCGUCACCGUCCUGCCCUUGCCUAGUAACAGGGCUUGGGUUGCCAGGUCUGUAGAGAGAGAUGCUGUGUGAUGAAUAGGAUUUAGCUGAAGCUGCGAGUGAAAAAUCCCCCCCAUCCGUAGAAGAGCAGGAUUUUAAGCAGCAAAGUCAUGCUACAGGAUUAGACCAUGCUCAGUUCUGUCAGCUCGGAGUACUUACCGCAGUAUUUUUAGUCAGAUUGAUGGAGAGAAGCAGGACCGUGAAGAAAAAAGAAAGUAAUACACUCAUCCUCUUGGAGAUGCUGGGCUGAAGUUUUUACUUGCUUUACUAGCAGCUGUUUAUGCUCACUCUGCACUUUUGCAGUAGUUUAAUUGUCAAUCUGUCUCUGUGUGUGUUCAUGUGUGUCUAUAAGCUUGAGUUUCUAUACAUGUUUAUUUUUACAUGGUGCCUGUGUGUGGCUAAAGUGUAGUCUGUGCGUGUGAUCCAACAUAUCUUUGUCGUGUUGUAGAAACAUGAGCUGCAUGACGUGGGUGCGUCUUCUUUGUUUGUGCGGUGUGUUCACAUUGAGACAAGAAUGGCACUUUACACUCGAGACUGUUUGUCGUAAAUAUCAUCUGUUUUUGAGGACAGCCUCUCUCUCUAUGGGAUGUUGUUGUUUUUUGUCCGUGAUAAACAAUGAAAUGUUGUCUUCUUUAUCUUCCGCUCAUGAAGCCCAGCAGGGUUGGUCAGCCAUAAGCACUUUGUUGUAUAAAUUAUGUUAGCUACUUGCAAAAUACGUGUCAAAAAUUUCACCCAUUUGCUGUUGUUUGACCUCCAUCUGCCUCUUACCCUUGAUGACCGCUCAUGCAUCGGGCCAACCUGGGCACAGGUGAUGCACCAGAGAGCCCAUCUGGUGUUCUGGAGAGAUUAGUAUUCAGUUUUACCAUUUAGUUGUUGUUGUUUUAUUAAAUUUAAAUUCCUGGCAUUACUGUGGAAUCACUGAUGCCUAUAUGCUGCCUGCAACUCAAAGCUGGAUUGCGUGUUAUAGUAUUGUUUCAAGUUACAGUUGCUGCUUCAUAGAGUCUCAUUGUUGAAGAUCCACAGACCCAAUUUACAACCACAAAAUGCCCUCGAGAAUACCGAGUUGUUUCAGUGUAAUGCUGUUUUCUUUAGUUUGGUCGUUCAAUUAUCAGGUUUUACAGCAUACCUCUGCAGUUUUUAUUCCUGGAAUGCUUUCCUUUACUUGAGAUAUUUCUUGCCCUAGGCAGAUGUUUUUUUUUCCUGUUUUUUUUUUUUAUGUGCAAUGCAAAAAAGUGCAACGCUGCUACAAGUUUGAGCUGGCUGCUGACACUAUUUAGGUCUUAGGUAAAGCUAUGCAGUUAAACACCAGCAUCACAACAUUUUUCCUCACACAGUCCCUGUUUCCUCAGUCACUGAUGGUGUUUAGUUCUGUGUUGUUGUUUUUUUCAACUCAAGGAUGGACUUAAUAAUUACUUAACCUGGAGAUGAAACGCUUUCACUAAUGCAUCGCUGCAUUAGACUGACCUCGAACCACUCUUCAGAAAUGUUUCCAAAUAAGAAAUACUCAUUUUAUCCGUCUGUUUGAUAUUCUACAACCGUGGUCAAAAUUUUAAUAGCCAUCAAAGUCAGCAGCUAGAUUGGUGUUUUUUCCGUUUAGUGAUGGCUCUUAAAAGGUAUUUUUGAAAAUGCAGGUGCUAGCGAGUGUCAAAGCCUGUAUCCAUAUGCAAAUUGCUCUGCACUGUAAAAUGCAAUUCUGAUGUAGAAUAUAUAAGCCUUUUAAAAACAAGCCAUAGACUGGAAACAGCAUUUUUAUGUUUACUUUUUUAAUUUAAAGUUUUCUUUUAUGUAGAACACCAUAAGUGCAAACCUGUGAAUAAAAAAAGAUUGUAUAUUAAACAUUGUAGAUAUUUUUUCUUUGAGAUUUGUUAAUCAGAUUGAUUUGAUUGCAUUCUCUUUGCAGGUCCCAUACCACAAUGUUAUCAAGACUGGUUUCUUCCAUUGUUGAUUUUUAUCUAAAUAAAUAUAUCCUUCAUGAA